GCAACACUGGAGGGCAGUGUUGAUCCAAAGUUGAGAAAAAUAUAAACGGUUUGUGCUUUAUUAUUAUUAUUUUUUGCUUUUAAUGUGUUGGUACGGAAACAAACAAGGCCACCUAACCUUUAGGGAUAGUGUGACUGUUUGGGGAUGGAGAAAAACUUGUAAAUUUGCAACUCCAUCUCAAUGUUAGUCACCAGAACGAGUAUUAGAAUAGUUCCCAAUUAAAAAAGGCUACUAGUCCAAACAAACGUAAAUACCAGGACAUAAAAAGUUCAGCUCUUAAGCAAAUAUGGUCAUUAAUGUCCGGAUUCGUGUCGGAUUGUGGAAUUUACAAUGAUCUUUGAAGGCGUCACGUCGCCAUGGUAACUCUCCGUGGGGACCUGACGUCACCAUAACGCUGCCUUUCAACACAAUAGUCUUAUCACUUUUAGGCACUCUCGACAUCCAUCAUCUUCCGCUUAUCCGAGGUCGGGUCGCGGGGGCAACAGCCUAAGCAGACAUAUAAGAAGAUAUUUGAUCAUUUUUAACCAUUUUAUCCGUCUAUAAGCUUUGCCUUUGAGAGAAUCUGCUCACGUUUAAAUAACGCGAGAACAGAUCCCCUGCCGUCUUGUUGAAGAAGAAAGUGCAACCAAACAACAUGGACUCCAUUGAAGACUUGGAAGUUUUUCUCAAGAAUGUCGACGAUAUAAGCAAUCUCGUGAAGGAUCUAAACUCAUCUGAUGUUAGAGUGCAGCAGAGAGCCAUCGAGGAAGCGGAUGGCCACAUUGCAGCACUGAAUGGAUCCUGCAGAACAAAAGUCAACAAGACCAGAAUCAACACUGACGCACAUUCGAACGAACCGCUGAAUUCACAGACAGAAAGUGCAGAAAAUUUUAUGAAGCUUAUUGAGAGAGAUGUGGAAGACAGGAGGAAGAGGAGAAUCGCUCAGGAGAAAAAAGCCACUGCAUUAAAGGACAAAGGGAAUCAGGCCUAUGCCCAAGGAGCGUAUGAGACUGCUGUGAGUUAUUACAGUGAAGGCUUGGCCGAGCUACGCGACAAUCAGCAGUUGUAUACCAACAGGGCGCAGGCGUACAUCAAGCUGGAAAAAUACCAGGAGGCCAUCAGUGAUUGUGAAUGGGCCCUGAAGUGUAAUGAUAAAUGCACAAAAUCCUACCUCCACAUGGGAAAAGCAUAUCUGGCACUGAAGAAAUAUAACGACAGCAGAACAUGCUUUGAAAAGAUGUCCCUACUUGAACCACGGAUGGAGAAGCUGGCGAAAGAGUAUCUCGCCAAGGUGGAGCUGGAUGAGAGAAAGGAGAAUCAAGAAAUGAACGCGAGACAAGACUUUGACAACGGAGUGGAGAAGGCCAAGCUGAUCCCUCAACUUCUGGAGAAGCUGUGGACACCUGGGCAGAUGCUGCUCUACUACUGCGGAGUACUGGAGAUUCUGUGCCAAGCUGCGAAUGACUGCACUGGCCAGACACUUUUCAGGCUGCACGAUGGUUUCAGCAUCAUUGACGGCAAUGACGCUGUGCGCAGUUGCCUGUUGCAGGAAACAAAUGACCCGAGCAGCCAGGACUUGUGUGUGUCUGUCGUUAAAGCAUGGAGAGUCAUUUGCAGCGAAAAUGAGGAAAACCAGAAGACUCUGAUGACAAGGCCAGCUUUCAAAGAGUCUUUUGUACCCUUGGUGUCAUCCGAUCAUGCUGCAAUACAGAAGGAAUGUCUAGACUUGUGGAUUUUGUACUCGCAGACGGAAUAUGGCAGACGUCUCGUCGCUGACAACUUGGAUGUUCCCCUGUUAACGAGGAGCCUCGUGGCGUGCAUCUGGAGGCCAGGACAGCGACGGGAGAACAGAGCGCUUCUCAUUUUGCAGAACUUGGCGACGGAGAAAAAAUUCUGCCGGCAGCUAAGGAGUGGACUGAUUGACUCUGUUGCCGUGCCACUUACAACAAUAUUGAGCAACAUUGGCGAGGCUGACCGACAUGUCGUGCCCACUCUAAUAUCAGCUGUUGGCGAACUGAUUAGAGACGACGUCAACCGUCACGCCCUUGCUCAUGAUGCGGAGUGUUGGAAGGCCUUCCUGCUUGCCGUUAAGCAAUGCAUGUCUUGCAGCUUUAAGGAGAUUCUUUACGCCCUGCUUGGAUUGAUCAUCAACCUUUCUACUCUUACCUCACCUGUCAUUCAGGAACAGGCGGUCCACCUGUGUGGCUGCUGCCUGGACCUGCUGAAGGAUGACCACGGCGGCCUCGUAACCAGAGCUUUGGGUGUGUUGAGCACCGUCCUCCCACAGUCCUCCGAGGCUGUCAAUCAUGUGGUUCAGGGACGUGUGGUAAAGACUGUGCGGCGACUGCUGAAGACAGCAGAAUGGACUGCCACUAAAUACGCCAUAAAGAUUCUGGUGGUGUGCACGGCUGCCAGCCACUCGGCCCGGCGGGACUUGGUGAAGUCUGACAGAACGCUAUCCGUUUUCCGUCGUUUGCUGAGCGCAAGCUGUGAUGAGAUGGUGUCAGGAAACGCGGCCCUGUGCCUGGCCCAUUGCCUGGAGUUGAAGGAUGUUGCCAGCAACCUGCUGGGCACGGAUAUCGUGCUUCAGCUGCUUCGCCACGCCGCAGGGGAUGCUAAGAGGACAGCCGUGCAGCAAAAUGCAGCCAUUGCUCUGGGGAAGCUGUGUCAAUCAGAGCCCAGACAUGUGAGCAGACUUCGAGACCUCCACGGCUUUGGGAUCCUGCACUCCUGUAUGAAGCUCGUCGAAUAAUGAUUGGAAAAAGUUUGGACACCCCUGCCAUAUGGUCUCCACAUCAAAGGUCCAUUUCCCUACGAAGACCAUGCAUCCUGCCCAUCAACCAAUGGCCUCAGCAGCCAAGUUUGAUCACUCUAUGGAGGCUGUACACCCCUCCCAUCCCCACACCGCUGGCCCAUCACCAAAUGUCCACACCUAUGGUCCUUCACCCGGCGUACACAAUAGCUUGCUACCUGAAUCCACCUGAGAAUAAAAAGGCAGCUUUCCUGGCACCAGACAGGAGAGAUGCAGGCAACCCAUCUAUUGAGGACACUAUCUGUUAUCAACCACAGGCAGAAAAAUCAUGGACGCCAUGUGAUGGAAAAAAUGUGGGCAGAAAAAGAAGGAAUUGAAGAAGUCCUCUUGAAAAUAGAUCCGGUCCAAGUCAGAGUACUUCAAACUCUCUGCGACUUGGUUGGAGACAAAUACAGCGACGGCCCUCCUCAACAAUCGGGCCAGCAAGAGCUCUUUCCUGAGAGCGGCGUAUUCAUAUCAUUGUUCCGCCUUGCUGCCAUGAGACAUGCUGCAGAGCCCAAAUGUAGGCCUUUAUUUGGACCUCUUUUUUCUACCUGUCAAAAUGCUGUCCCUUUUUGACGCCCUGGAAACAAACCUGCAGGAACACCAAAGCGCAUCCUUAAGCGGAAAAAAGUGGAAGGAAUCCUUAGUAAGUUUUCCCAAACAGAGGGUGUUUUCAGGCCAAAAUUGGGUCACAAUAAUGAAAUAGAAGUUCAAUAUGAGAAAUGUUGAUCCCUUUUCGAUUACAGCAGACUGGAAGCAUAACUGAAUGUUACAUCAUUACAAUUUGUUAUCCACUCCAAACUAGCGUUAUGAUGAGCAAUAUAGUCUGAUGUCCAUCAACUUGAAGUGUGGUUGUGUGUAUUAAUGGUUUUGCGUAAAUGAAGGCUUUAAAGGGCAAUAAAAAAGCAUUAAAUGAGGCAUUUAAAAAAGGGAAUAUGAUUGUAGGACAUGGCGGACAGUCAAUAUGUCAAACGGUAAAGGAAAAUGAACUUAAGAAGGUUACAGUCGUUUCUUUUUUGAACUGCAUACAAGAGGUAUUGUAAGGUGGGAACACGACAAAAGCACUGCUUCAAUCAAGCAAAAUGAAACAUCAACUUUUCCAUUCUUUGGUCACUGUAGGCGUGUAGUCCUUAACUGUGACACCAUGUCAGGAUAAUGGAGAAGCUGAGCCGACACGGAGUCGUUUAUUUCAAU